UUUUCAAGCUCUUCUCAUUUCUACCUUUCUUUCUGUUCUUGGACGGGUCCCUUCGUCUCCGUGUUUGAACAUCAGAUCAUUACAUAACGGCCGCACAGAAUUGAAUUGAAUUGAAUGAAAUCACUCUAAUACCGAGAAAUUGUCAUUUUACAACCCCCAGUUGAAAGCUGCAAUGGCGUCAGACCUUACAAAAGUGGUCCCCUUGACCUGCCACGGACACUCUCGUCCCGUGCCACAUAUCGACUUUUCUUCCACAGUAGAAGAUGACCAGUAUUAUCUCAUAUCCGCUUGCAAGGACAACAAUCCCAUGCUCCGGGACGGUAUCACCGGUGAUUGGAUUGGAACCUUCCUCGGCCAUAAAGGCGCAGUCUGGCAAGCCAGACUCUCAACAGACGCCACCAUAGCAGCAACAGCUGCGGCCGAUUUCUCCGCAAAGGUCUGGGACACUCACACAGGUGAAUGUCUCCACACGCUGCAGCACUCCCACAUCGUCCGGGCAGUUGCAUUUCCCAUGCAGCCAUCUCCCCAGGUUCUAGCCACAGGCGGCUUCGAAAAGAAGCUCCGCAUCUUCGACCUGUCCCGCAGCAACAGUGGUAGCAACUCAUCCUCGCCGACCUUCCCCGCAUCAACGGGGGAAAACGGCACCGGAGUAACCAGCUAUGAGAUCGGUCCGGGUGUCCAUGGUGGAACCAUUAAAUCCAUUGUCUGGAACCAGGAUUACAAUAUCCUCACGACAGCCGCGGAAGAUCGUAAGAUCAGAUGGUGGGAUUUGCGCUCUCGUCACCCCGUAAUCGAGUACACUGUCGAGGGUACCAUCGGUAGCUGCGAAUUGAACACACUGGCCGUCCGUCCCAAUGACCCCGGCAUCCUUACCGUCGCCGCAGGCAAAUCCGUCUAUCUAUUCGAUGGCUCGAGCCCCGGCCGUCUGCUGAAGAAGACUGACUUCAGGUACGAGGUCGCUAGCGCCGCUGUCAACAAUGAAACUGGUCGCCUGGUGACUGGAAGUGCAGACGACACUUGGGCACGAGUUUAUGAUCUCCGGACGGAUGAAGAGCUGGAAGUCCAAAAAGGACACCAUGGCCCGAUCUGGUCUGUCAGUUUCUCACCCGACGGUAAACUCUACGGCACAGGAAGCGAGGAUGGCACGAUCAAAUUGUGGAAAGCAUGCAGAGAGCCAUACGGUUUAUGGAGGUGAAAGUAAAACCAUAUCUGUGAAAUGUCUUUUCAAAUCUCUUUCACCCUACCUAUCUUGCAGAUACGGAGGUACGGAUCUCGGAGGUUAUCUGAAAAUAUCGAAUUUGGUGCUUAGCUAUGAUGCUAUGUCCAAUUUGUACUUAGGGGCAAGCUGUUGUUGGCUUGGGAUAGCCUUUCCCCGGUAGUUAUUUUUAAUGAAAAGAACAGAUUAGAAACCAAUUUGGUU